GGCCGCUCAGUCGCGAGUCGGCGCCCGGCGCGGGAGGUUGUGUGCGCUCGGGGACAGUGCGUGCGGCCCGAGCCACGUGCGGGGCAGGGCUUGACCGCGACCGCGCGAACGAGAGUGUGCACUUCCCGUUCAACAAUAACAUACAUAUACAUAUUUCAACAGUGUGGUUGGAGUUGUUUACCUCAAGAUCCCCCAGACUAUGCUGUGGUCGUGAGAUCGCAGCUAGACGCGCAAUUGCCAGGUGGGGCAGGAUGGGUCCGGCCGGCGCUGGCGUGCUGACGCGCGCGCGCGGCUGACGCUGUGUCCGCCGCCGCAGCCCAGGGGACAUGCACAGCACGGACAAUGCGCCAGAAGCGGCAGCGAUACCGGAGGAGGCGGCCGGGGGGCGGGCUGGGGGCGGCUCGGGGGCGGGCGCCGCCCCAGCCAAGGAGUGCGCCGGCUGCGGCAAGCGAAUCACGGAGCGCUUCCUGCUCAAGGCGCUGGACCUCUUCUGGCACGAGGACUGCCUGAAGUGCGGCUGCUGCGACUGUCGCCUGGGCGAGGUGGGCUCCACGCUCUACACCAAGGCCAACCUCAUCCUGUGCAAGAGAGACUACCUCAGGUUGUUCGGCACGACGGGCUACUGCGCGGCGUGCAGCAAGGUGAUCCCGGCCUUCGAGAUGGUCAUGCGCGCCAAGAACAACGUCUACCACUUGGAGUGCUUCGCCUGCCAGCAGUGCAACCACAGGUUCUGCGUGGGCGACCGGUUCUACCUGUGCGACAACAAGAUCCUGUGCGAGUACGACUACGAGGAGCGGCUGGUGUUUGCCAACAUGGCGUACAACCCCAGCAGCCUCGCCCACAUACGAAGGCAAGUCAGUAAUUUGCAGCCAGCAGGAGACCAUCUGAGCGGCCGCGGCGGCGACCCCCCGCCGCGCCUAGCGGCAGCCCCGGGGGCGGACAAGCUGACGAGGGGCUGCCCUGGGGCCCCGCAGCAGGGCCGCGACGACGGCUCCAGCGGCUACGGCAGCCCCGACUCGGGGACCUUCGAGGCGCCGUGCAACUGAAACCCGCGACGCCCGAGCGGGAGCGCUCCAUCUGAGACGUUGGGAUGCUGGCGGCCGAGAGCAGCCCGCGUGCCAGGCUUUCGUCAGAGGACGCGUUGAAAAUAAUUGCUCAAUACUUACGAAACGUUCGUUUUCACUCUGGACACAGAGUAUUUAUUACAAGUCAUUUUUUUUUUUUAAUAUAAUAUAUUACCGUACAAACAAAAUUCGAAAAAUGGUGUGAAAAUUCGUUGAACUAAGGUCAAUAUUAUCUGUUGAAAGUAGUAUUAGAAUGGUUUACUUUGCUAGUUUUCAGUCUGUUGUACAGUAUGGUAUUCUGGCUAUAAAAUACCGGAUAUAAAAUACCCUGAGGCCAGACGAAUCAGCGAAAUUCCCGGGUCUCUACGCAUGGCACAGAUAUUAUAUAUAUAGAAAAGCUAGGUGUGUUUGAAAUUGUGGUUUUUUGUCUGUUAACGUUUUGUAGAGAGUCCGAGUAAAACUUUAUCUUUACCUGAGGUUUCUCUGCUUUCCCUGUGCAACCGAACCAUUUUUUUUUUCUGUCUCAUCAAUCAAUCCAACAAAGAUAACAUAAAUAAUAUUAACCUAAAACCAUACAUAAAAGUUUCAAAUUGAGCAUGAUAUAUUCUAGCACAAUACACAUUUUGCGAUGUUAUAAUUUCCUACAACAUACAAUGCCAGUCUGAAAGAUAAGAAAGACCAUUAAAUUUGAUAAAAUUUGGAAACACUACAUUAUUGAUUUUGACCAGGGUAAUGACUAACGACAUUUGAUCGUGCUUCUUCUCAUUAAAUCAAUACACAGUUGAUUAGUUGUUUCUUUAAAUUUUAAUUAAUGAACUUGUAAUUAAAAUACAGACUGGCUUGAAAACAUUGGAAGAACAAACUAGUGUUAAAAUUAUUAAUACGAAUUUCACCAUACCUCUUAGUUUUCCCUAAGUUUUCCAUGUUUUCCAGUAUUCAGGAGUUUUUUAACCACAGAAUGAGUCAUAGUAGGCAUGUUUCUGAAGAAAAGACUGAAAUCGGUCCAGAGUUUUGCACCUGUAGAGGUAAAGAGCAUCUGACCUGUGUCAUUCUUAAUACACUCAAAACCUCUAAUACAUAUCUCCAGGUAACAUAUAUAAAUAAUAUAUAUAUUUUAUAUAAAAUAAAUAAAUAUAAAAUAUAUAUCUCCAGGUACGAGGGCUCUCAACAGGCAAGACUUGUAACUAUGCACUUACAGGAUUACUAGGGACAGGACUAUUUGGUGAACUGCGACAAAACCGAAAUAUCACCGCAAAGCAUGUCAACACAACACCGAAAUUCAAGUUAAUACACCAUUUGGUAUAGAAAUGUAACUACAAACAUGAAAUCAAUAAGCAAUUUGACAAAAUUGAACACAAAUUACAGAAAUUUUAUCCUUUACUAUGGUAAAUUCAUUGACUGUAAUUGAUUUAGCUUGAAUCUAGUAUCAAAAUGUAUUAACUAAAAGGUUUGGAAAAAAAACAAUUACAUUAUUUGAGCUUGCAUCUCAUUAGUAACACAUUAUUACAUUAAUGAGGGCACAUUUUUCAAACACACAAAAAAAUGCAUAUUUAUUUUUGUAAUUAUGAGCAGUUCUGUUUUUAGUCAAGCUUAUUACUAAUGAUUUUAUUGCAUAUAUGAAUCAUGUCAGUCAAAAUGAGACUAUUUUGGUGAAGUAAGUAUUAAGAAAUAUUUUAUUUUCAUUUUUGAUGAAUAAAAUACACUAGAUUUUAUGAAUAUAGGCUAUGUGCAAAUAUAAAAACAAUAACUGACCUAAAAAAAAAAAAAAAAUAAUUAAAUCUUGUCUAAAGAUUACAGAUAUAAAGAUGAGUUACUGAACCUUAAACAUGGCUAACAUUUGUCAUAUCAGCACAUUCUGUCUUUGCGACCGUUAUGUAACUCCUGUUUGAAUGGGAAGAGGCUCAUUUCAGUUGCAGCUGCUGCGAUCGAGAAUGAAAUCAGUUUGAAUUUUAGAAUCGAGCACCAGCUAACGUACCAGCAUCCCAACGUACCAACGGGCAUUCUACCGACUCGACUGGCUUUGUAGUUGAAACUUCUUGCGUAGUGUGGCAGUUGGCAGAUUAGAAGGUGGUUGCCAACUGCUCCUUUUAUCACUGUCUCAACUUCGAUUUCUAGGAAAUUUUCAAGGCCUAGUUGCUCGUCUCAACGCCAGACUUUUAAACCGCAGUGUUUGGAAGUGUUUAGUGUUGCUGGCAGACCGACAAAACAUCCAGGGGAAACAGUGUCUUCCUGAAAUACUAGGCGAGGGGGGCGAGGGGAGAUGCGGCAGGUUUCCUAGGCAGCUGCGGAUUCGCGCCCCAUCUUAGGUUUGAGCUUACACCAAAGAACGUUACCACAGACGCUUUAACAGACAGGCUCUUCGAUUGACCCCAUACAACGUUUCACUCUUACGAAGUUGAUCUUGCCUUCACGUGUAUCUUGUUGUAAUCAAACUGUAAAAUAAUUUUUUUUUUUUUGCCCAAGCUAAUUUCAUUAACACGACUGCGUUGAAAUGCUUCAACUGUGCUUCGGUUCGUUAAAACUUCUCGAAAGUGGGCACUGAAAGCCCAGACGCGUUCCAAGAAGUUAUAAAGACUGUGUGCCAGUGAUUGUCAGAUAAUAUUUUUACAAGAGAAUACGGUGCUAGUCGUGCCGCCAAAUAAAAUCGAAAAUGUUUACUAAAGCAAGAGGUUUGUGUGCGUGUGCAUCAUGUGUAUACGAAAUGUUAACGGAAGAUACCUAUCCUCGGCAAGACGAGACUGCAACUUUUGUAUACUACGAAAAUAUUUCCCACUCUUCCUUAAAAAGAAAAAUAAAUUUAAGCUUUAAAUGUUUACCUACGAAAUAAUAAUAAAAAAAUUGUUAAUUUUUUUUUAUAUUUAUGUAUAGUGAAGCAUUGCCUAUAUUACUUUGCUAUGAUGGGGAACAAUACCUAAAUAACUUUCUUUACACAAUUCAUGCAAUAGGGGAUGAUAAUUUAAUAUAAUUCUUUGGACAUAUUACAUUGCAGUUUUGCACGGUUUGUCAUGAAAAAAAAUUCUGAAAGACAAAAAAAAAUUAUCUUACUGCCAAUUACUGUAUUUCAAUUUUUGCUCCAUCCCCCCCCCCCCCCCCUCCGCCCAACUCAAGAAAGUAACAUGGGCAAUGGAAAUGGAUAUUUUACAGAUUUACUUUUCUGCAUCAAAACAUUACUUUUUUUAAUUCACAUUUUCAGAAAAACCUUUUUUUAUUACGCUAAAAAUGCUUCCAUGGUUUUGUUUAUAAGACUAGUACGCUCACCACACACAAGGCGCGGUUGGCAAAACGCAAAAACUGCAUUCAGUGUGUUCAGCAACGUAGCAACCUCUCGAGCGUUGAUUCUGCGAUUUUUGGCAGUACGAUUUGAAAUGGACGUUUGUGAAGAAAUGGCUCUGAAAUUAAUAUUUGAAAGUGACUCAGGAUGUAGUUUUAGGUUCCUAAGUUACAUUAGAAUGUCAGAACACAAGAUAUUAGUAAGUAAUCCAAAAAUUAUGCUGUCCAAUAAAUAUAACUGCUCACAAUUUGAAAAAAAAAAAAAAGAGCCUUCUUUUGAAAUAUAAAUAAUUAAAAUAAACAACACACGAAAAUACAAGUUAUACUAAAUAUUUCAAUAUAUUCUGAUUAUUACUCUUUCCUAAUUAAAUCAGAACAGGCAAGGCUGACAAUUUGCAGGUGAAGUGAUAUUUCGACCAGAUUAUCUCAAAAAGCUUAAUGCUACUAACAACUUUAAAUUAUUAUGUAGAUGUUGCAUUUUCAACUGCUGGUGGUCAUUCUUUAUUUUCACUAUUUCAGGUAUUUUUUUUUUUAGUUAAAUCACAUGCAAUAUCACUCGCCAUCUUUAAUAAUCAACACCAAUUUCUGGUUUUCCUUUCGUAUGCAAUGCAAGCAUUGUGAGUAGUGUUGACGCGCUUCUGAACACAGAGAGUGCUUAAUGUGUUUUGCCAACUGCCCCAUAAGGUAGAGUUAAAAUUACGUUUACUCUUGCUAGCAACUUUUUUUUUUCCAUCCUGAUAAAAUUAUAAGAACCCAUUUCAUCAAUACAUCAGUUUUUAUGCAUUUUCGAAAUGUAUUUUGUUUUGAUUAUUCGGAAAGACGAUGCAUUAUGUACAGGAUAAAAAAAUGUAACUGUACUAUUUAAAUGAUAAAUCAAAACUUGUGCACAAUUCAUAAAUUCUCUUGAACCUUACUGUACUAGUUCAUAUUAUUGUAAAAGAAAAAUGGUGCCAUAUAGUUAAAAAAAAAAUUAAUUUUAAUUUUAUUGUUAACUUUCUUGAAUCACAAGAGCUUGAAAUAAUAUGUUAUGCACAUUAAUUGUAAUUUUUAACAUUGGUAAAUUUUUUUUUUACAAAAUUCAAUUGAAAAUUUUUUUAUUAAUAUACAAAACAACAAAAUUCACUUAGCAUUAUUGUGAUGUACAAGUGACAUAUUGUUUGAAGAAAAUGUUUUAACUUACUAAAUUUCACAUCCCUAGAAUUUGUCUUGGGCGAUUGGUGCCAACAUAUUAUUUUGUACAUAAGAGUGUAAGUGCUGUCGGAAUUGUUGAUCAAGUUGCUGAAUCAAAUGAAUUUCAGUUCUAAAUUGUUAUUAGCUAUGGUAAUGUAUUCAGUUACAUUGCAAAAAUUAAACAAUGAUUUUUAUUUCCAA